AGCUAAAAAUACUAACAAACAAAACGGAAUAAAAAAUAAAUAAAAUAAAAUGGUUACUACCACAACAACGAAUAACAAUAAUCAUUCAAAUAAUAACGAAGAAUUUGAUAUAGAUCAAGAUGAUGGCAUGCAGGAUUUGGGAUUACCUGUAUCGGUGCAGACAUUUCUGUGGCGACAAAUAGCGCCCUUCAUAAGACCCAAAUUGGGUAAACUACAUGAAGCCAGUUGUAUGUUUUGUCAACAUGCACCGGGACACCAUGAAUCUAAGGAAGCCUGCAAGUCGUUUGAAAAAGUUCUGGUCCAAAAUAUACAAUUUGGUUUAUCCCCACCAUUGACUAAAGCCUUGGGCGCCAUUCCAAGAUGGCGUUUGUUACAAGCUGCCCUGCCACAUGUAAUGCACUGUGUGGCGGCUUUAUUGCAUAGUCGUGUUAAGGAUAUGCAAGCCAUAGGUCAGGUUGAAACAAAACUAUUGUAUACAAUGCAGUGGAUUAUAUUGUAUGCGGCCGAGGAAUGUGCCGAUGAUGAUGGUAGGGAUGAACUAAUGAUUGAUGCUGAAUCAAAGGGAAAAUCAAUGGACCAGUAUUUAUUUUCGGUGCCCACAAUAACUUUAUUUGUUUACUUGUUUGCCCCAAUAAUACACCAUUUGAAAGAAUCGGAUUUUCAAAAUUUCCGUUUAGAAAAUGGUAUAAAAUUGUGGCAAGGAAUGUGGGAUAAUAGAGCACCAGGAGCACCCUGUUUUACAGCCCCCGUCAAACCCAAAGCCAGAAACUUAUUAUGCGCUCCCACUCCAAAAGGAUCAACAGAUGUGUUUUCAGGGCGCAAACAAUCACUUAGCCUUGAUGCCAUGUCGCCCAAAGCGGAUUCUCCUCAAAGUGGCAUUUCUGAUCACACCACCCGCCAAGACGAAGAGAGCUCUUGGGUUUCAUCGCCCAAGGAAUUUGCCUUUCCCGAAACUAUACCCGAAGAAGCUUCCAGUGUUGAAGAUGAACGUGUUGUUAUUUUUCGUUUACCUUCUGCUUCCCAUUUAAUGGACAAUUCAUUUUUUACUGCCGAUGCCAGUCUAUUGACCCAACAACAACCUCAGAGUCGUCGUGGCAGUCAUCAAUCGAUUCACUCUCGAGACAAGGAUAAGCCUUCAACGAAAUUUGAAUUCGAACAGCAAGAAUUGAUGAGAGGCGCUUCGAUGAAAGAAAAACGUAGCGCUUCAAUGGAAAGAGAAACCGAUUCAAAUAGAUCGGAAAGUGUUAAGGCCGACGUAUCAGCAGCAACAUUUCUAGAUGUGGCCGUUAUGCGUUGUCUUUUUAUAUCACAUUGGCAGGAGGAGGGUAUUUUUUGGAGUCUACAGUAUUUGUAUAAUAGAUUAAGUGAAAUUGGUGAAGAAUCAUCAAUUACAAUAAAUCAGCCACGAAAGCGCUCAAAUUCAUUGCCUAUACCACAAAUAGAAAUAUCUUUGUAUCAAGGACCCAACAGCAACAAUCGAGACAGUCCCAGUAGUUCUAUAAACAAAGACUACAUCGAAAUACCAGAACCAUCCAUAACAACCUGUUUAGUAGAAGAAUCCAGUCCUACGGCCGAAAGACGUGGCAGCGAAAAGAAGAAACGUGUUAAAAUGUCCGACCUGAGGGCAUUUGUUGAGACGAAAAUGUUUUCGAAAUCGGAGAAAAAUUUGGAAAAAGUAGGGCUAGAUACAGUUUCAGCUAACGGCAAGAGACCACUGCAACAUGCAGAAUUGCAUCGUAGUUUGGAUACUGGUGAGAAGAAGUUAUCACGUUCAGCUUCUAUGAUAACACGAGAACCAGCCAGUAAUUUAAUAAAGGGCAAAUCUAUGCCUAGUUUAAGAUAUGUAGAACCGCCCAAGGUUAUGAGGUCUUCACAGUCGUCCGGUCAACGAACAGCAUUUUAUCCCAGAAAUCCUAUAAUAACAGUUACGGAACAUACACCAACCCCCUCUCCGGAUUAUUUGAAGAGACAGGGUUCUAUUGAUUCCCAAUUGGAUGCAUUAAGCAAUGGUGGCAGUAUUGGUGGUUUAGGAGGUAACGGAAUCAAUGGCAGUAUGGCCGGCGUAGCCGGUACUUGUAGUAUUGGUUCACGCAUACGCGGUCAAAUGCUGCGAUCCCAUACUGACUCUCACAUCGAUUAUACAGGAGUCGAUGAAUCAGAAGCUCCCGGUUCAUCCUUUUAUAUUACAAGGGAUGGUGGCAUAGAUUAUGAAAUUGUAUUGCUAGCGGUAUUGAAUGUAUUUAAAAGAGACUUGACAGUGGUUUCUCUGAGAGUUUUAGAAGCUGGCUUAAAUAUUUGUGAGCUCUUGCUGGAAAUGGGUGUUUUAAAAUUGGGUGAACAUGCUCAUGAAAUUUCUAUGGGCAUUAUUAAAAGAGCUUUGCAAGUACUAGGAUGUCCAAAUGGCUGUAAUGAUGGCGUACGUGGAGCACCAGCUGAUUUUUUAAGAAAUCAAUGCCAAAAAAUACUCUCACGUCUUUUGAGUCAUGCCAGUCAUCGUACAAAACGCUAUUUACAGGAAAUGGUAAAAACUGCAGCGUUACAGGAGCUGGUGGAUUUUUUCCAUGCUUUUUGUGCAUUUUGCGUGGAUCCAAGUUCUUUACUUUCACCUCUAAAUCAUAAGCGCACGAGUGCCUUUAAAAAUCUUAACUCGGAUAUUGGCAAUGGUGUAUCAUCAUCAGGCGGACAAGGUGGCUACUCGACAAAUUUCAGUGGAGGUCUAAGCGGUGGUCCGGAAGCUCAAGUAAUAGCAGCCGUAUUCAAGCCAUUGGUAACACGUUUCGUGAAUGCCUCUAAGGAUCUGAAGACAGUGGAAAAUGUGGCCUUAUAUGGAGACAUACGUCAGUUAGUUACAUAUGUGAAAGGAGCACAUGGUGGACCAUUUCGGUUGGUGGCUUUAAGUGGUAUUCUGGCAGUAACACCGCGACCACAUAAAAAAGGUCCAGCAGCACAAACAACUCGUGUAAUAAGACAUAUUCCUCAAGCCGAUGUAGCGCAAAGUAUACAAAACGAUGAUAAUCGUUCGCAAAGACGUUUACUCUUGAAAAAACGCAGCACUUCAUCUGCAUGUGCAGUGAGUCUUCUAGAAACUGAGCCAUGUGACGAGCAUUAUAAGACCAGUCAAUCGCCAUUGAGUAAUUUCCGACGACGUACUACCGGUGUACGACCAACAUUAACGCCCAGACAUAGUGAGCGGCAACUGUUAUCAGACUCAACCUCAAGUUCUGAACGUAAUUCGUUGGGACGUUUAAGUGGUUUAGUGCGUUGGUUCAAAGGAGCUCCCAAAGAAGGUUCAUCUAUUGACCUGGAAAUUGGUUCAUUAAAUCCAGAAAUGUCCACAACUUUUGUAAGGCAUCCUUCCUUGAAAAUACAAAGAGGUAGAUCCAGUGAUGGUAUAGGUCGAUCCAUACAAAGAGCAAAACGUAGAGUUGAAAGAAGACUAAAUCGUUUCGGUGGCAUAGUGAAAGGCAAGAAAAAACAAGGUGGCAUAGAAGAAACAGCUGACUACAGUCGUCGCAGUUCAUCCGAUAUGUGUGAUGGACCCAGGGAAUCAGAGGUGGUUGUCUUAAAGGAACGAAAACUUAUACCUUUGGAACCAGUUAGAUUAGGAAUGUUACGUUUGUCAUUUUUGUUGGAAACCUGUGCACCAGGCACAUUUCCAGAUCCCCAAUUGGUGGCAGCUGUAUUGGAUUUGCCUCAAGCACCUUUAGUAACGCGUGCUACAUUUCUAUUGGAGUGUGCCCAUUUCGUUCAUUUAUGCAACAAAGGUCAAUGGCCUGCUUGGAUGAAGCAGAAUAUAUCCGGUUAUCGUCCAUCGGGCGCCAACAUAAGUGCAAAUCAAAUCAAGCAACAAAUGAGCACUACUAGUACUAGACGUACUCAUAUAUUGCAAAGGGCUGCUGGUAAAAUGUUUCAUCAGUGGGCGGAAAUGUUAGGUGCACGUCUGGAAGAAAUACUUUUCACCGAGCGUCUACAAUAUGAAGCUGUUAAUGCCAGUUUAACGGAUCCCGAGAAACAACGAGAACUUUUACAACAAGACGAAGAAGAGGAUUUCUUAGAUGAAACCUCUGUUAAUCCCCAUGGCAACGAUUGUCCACAUGCUUUAAAAUUGAUUGCAUGCGUAUUACUUUUCGAAAUAACCGCAUUUUUGCGUGAUAUUUAUGUGACUUUACCGAAAGCAUCGAAACUACUACACAAAGAUAAACCGGCACCUUGGGAAAAGGUCUAUAGGGAGGCAAAUCGUAGAUGGUCCAUGGCUUUGAGCUCAAUGGGUCAUUCGCAGACAUCAGCGCAGAGUUUACAAUCCAUUGCGGCGGGAAAUGAUGUGGCAGUUGGCCAAACGGAAAGAAAAAUAUCGUUUGUUUUACAUGAACCGGACAAUGAGUCGGAAAACAGCAGUAACACAACGUUGACAAAAGAAGGCGAAGAAGCUCGUCGUCCUAUAGCAUCAGCAGUCAGACCGUUUUUAUCCCGUCGUGGUACUGCCACUACCACAGGAGGAUCUUUUAAGCGCAGAUCAUUAAAAUUACGACGCAACACCAAAGAUGGCAAAGAUAUGGAAGCUGAUUUUAAACGAGUAGAUUCUAUACAAUCGAGACGUAAAGUAUCUUCCCUAUCGGAUCGUAGCGAUACAUCUGAACAAGGUGUAGCCAGUGGCGGGGAAGAAGAACACGGCUCACCGGGAAUACUCAGUGAUGACCAACAGCCAGAAUCUCCCACAGAUUCUAAUGAAACUGAUGAUACCGCCAAAAAUAUGCCAUGGCUGAAGGCUGUUAUUGAUUUGAUUGGAAGUUAUAAUUACUAUUGUACCCAUAAGGGUUAUUGUCACCCCUAUUGUUAUAAGAGACAUAUGCGUGCGUGCACACGUUUGGUAAAAGCAACAAGAAAGGUCUAUGGCGAAGAAUUUGGUUUUACAUUCGAUUCCGAUCAUCCAAAUUUGGAACCAACCGUUAUAUCAUCGGCUAAAGCCCAUCAACAACGACCUAGAUCGGCACGCAAAGUUUCCGAACAAAGUUCUACGCAAACAUCGCCGUCCAAGCGAAAGGAUAGUCUCUCACGUAAAGAUCGCAUUAGUGAUGAUCCCGAUUUGGAAAUGGCUGAAAAGUUAGCGAAAGCUUUUCGACAGGAAAAAGAGAAGAAAGAACAAGAAGAACCGCCUAUGUUGAAAUUUUUACGUUUUCACAUACGAAAUCUUUUUCAUUUUCCUUUUGCCACAAUGUUAAAAGGAGCCGUUAUCUUAACAGAGGAAAUGGUUAUAGAGGCUAUGCCGGCAGCUUGGGAAUUAUUGCUGGAACCUAAUCAGGAUACGGCAGCAUCAAGUGCUGCGGUAUUUUUAAUGGGUUCCGUUAAGGCACAAAACUAUGCUUUUGAUAUUAUGCAGAGAGCUUUGAAGAAUAAAGAUCCAGAUGUACGAAUUGGGGCCAUACAAAGAUAUUUAAUAUUGUGGAAGAAUCGUUUCCAUGUCUGGCCCCGCAUGGAGGAAAAUGCUCAUGAUGUUACUUUCAAAGUACCACCUGGUGGCAUAGAGUUUACAUUACCAUCUCCGAAAAUAGGCAUAGAAAGUCUGCCAGUCGUGGAUCCGCCAUGGAUGCCAGUGCAACAAACUAAAGAUAUGGAUGUUACACUUAAUCAAGAUCGUCAUCCUUUUCUAGUUACUGCAACUAAAAGUCGUAAAAUGCAACAAACUGAAGCCAUACGCAAUGCCUUGCGUCAACAGAGAGACAAACAAAGAGCAGAGCGCCAUAGUUUCCUGAUUACUACCAUACCGAUAAGCCAGCAAGCCUCCCAUGAACCGGGUAUGGAGCAUGAAGAUCAUGAAGGCGAAGAAGAAAUCGACGGUACGCGUAUAUCUUCGCAUUUACACCAUGCCCAUUCUUUGUUUCCUUCGGUUUUGUGUUCUUCUGUGAUGCAAAUUGUUGGCUGUCUAGACGAUGCAGCUAUUGGUACCGAUGGCAAUGCAGUUUAUGAAGUGGCUUAUCAAGUUAUAUGGGUUUGUUUGGUGGAGGAAUCGGCUUUAUUUUUGCGUUAUGUAUUUGAGAGACUAACUAGAGAUCGUCAAGAUCAAAUGUUUAAGUUAUUGAGACACCUUAUACGUUUUGUUCCGAGAUUGCCGCAACAGGCAGCAUUUGCUUUAUACAACUCUAUUAUUGGUUACAUCAUGUUCUAUGUAAGAUCUUCCAAUGAACUCAAACAAGAACUUGUUGGUUCGGCUUUGUCGGUACUGUGGAUGGUUGUUCAUAGUGUGCAUGGCAUCAUGUUUAAGGACUUGAAGCAAAUUUUACGCAAAGAACAGUGCGAUGCUUCAAUUUUAUUAACUGCUAAUGUUCCAGCAGCUAAGAAAAUUGUUGUACAUGGUCCAACAGAUGACGAUUGUAAUAUACCAUCUCAGUUUCCGGUCCAAGAAGAUACAUUGUUCUGUCAGCUAUUAAAGGAAGCUUUAGAUUAUUACCCAGUUGAUGAAAAGUAUAUAAAUAAUUAUUGUUUGGUGGAUUACAAAAGCAACAAAAUUCUAAAUCCCAACUGGUAUAUUCGCGACUUGUAUUUCUUCAAGAGAUCACAAUAUCCCGAAGUACGAUUGGUGUUACUUAAACCAGAUGAAUCAUUUUUGGCCUUACAAAAACAGGAGUUAACGAAAAAAUUUGUAGAAAUUGGUAAAGUCCACUUAACUUGGGCGAUUUUAAAGAAUGUGGACAUGGUAGUGCAAAGAGUAGUGUUUUUGCAUGAGGAACUUAUGAAGUUGCCUUCAUUUCCUCGAAAAGCUCUUGAAGUUGAUUUGGAUUUACAUCAGGGAGGAGAAUAUGGCAAAGUGUUGUUGGGAUUGGAUGUAUUACAUAAAUUUAUGUGGGUCCGCUUGAUAGCUCGCAUGUUUGAGGCAAUGGCAGGCAAUUUUGCUUAUUCGGCCGAUAUACAACUGUUCUUAAAUGUUUUGUCUGGGGCCGCAUUCCUUCAUGCAGAAGAUUCUUGUAUAAUGCGUUAUGUAAUGGCAACUUAUAUUAAUGCGGCCUUCAAUUUUAAAAAUAUUUUCUCUACUAAUGGUUAUUUUAUGAUUAUGCCCACAUUGCUGCAAAUAUAUUCGUUGCAUCAAACAAACAAGUUGAUUACUACAACAAUAGAAUAUGCUGUCAAACAAUUUUAUUUGUUAAAUCGCAAGCCUUUUAUAUUGCAAAUGUUUGGUUCCGUAUCAGCUAUAUUGGAUACCGAUGAAGAUGGUAUUUAUGGAGAAGCUCAUAAGGUGCAAUCCAGUUGCUUAUUUAAUCUGUUACUAAGUUUAGAGGAUCCUUCACCCGAUCCUUUAAAUAUUGGAGAAUUGGUCAAAGAACCAAAACCUUUGAAAGCUAUAGAUUUUUGUUAUCACGAUGAAGAUGGUGAUGUUACUGUAUUGGAUUGUAUAACACUCUGUGUAAUGGUAGUAUCCUAUUCUGCAGAAAGUACUAGAGGUUAUCAAAUGCUGAUUAUCCUAGAGGCGAUAUUACCUUGCUAUCUGCAACAAAUACAAUCUCCUAGCUAUAUACCUCUGCAAGGGAAAUCGGAACGUGAUAUUAUCCUGCAAUUGGCAGUAGCGAUACGUACCAUGGUACAUAAUUGCGAAGGUUUAGCUAAGAGCUACAAUGGUCCCUAUCGAAAUAGUCCUGAGCAUAAAGGUUCUUCACAGCGAAACUGCAGUCGAGGGCCUCCAUGUUCUCCAGGGCUAGAUUUUGAAGAAGAAUCUCAUUCAAAAUAUAUAACUGAUCCACGCACUAAAAAUGUUAUGGAUUCGGGAGAAGACUCGGAAAUGAUACGUACAGAGUAUCGUAGACCUAGAGAUGUUUUACUUUCGGUGGUAGGGGACUUCUUAAGUAAAUCUACAACGCGUUUGCAGGAACUUUCCAAGAAAUUGCCAAAAGAUGAGAGCAAGGCUACAGAGGUUUUAGAUGCAAAAUGUCAUAUUAGAUUGGCAGAUAUAGCGCAUUCUUUGCUCAAAGUUUCUCCCUAUGACCCGGAAUCAAUGGCUUGUCGUGGUCUUCAAAGGUAUAUGCAGGCAGUUUUACCACGAGCCGACUGGUCUAAUGAUACUUUACGUAAUGCUCUAGUUACCAUACUGAGAAGAAUCGACAAGGUUUUCCUUAAAAUAUCUAAGAAACCCUCUAUACGUCGUAACACCGAUUGGGAAGCGGCAGCUGGUUUAUUAAAAGGAAUUCACGAAACCAUAGUCAGGCAUCCAUAUGUCUUGCAUUGGCAACAAAUGAAGACUUUGAUUGGUACUGUGCAAAAUCUUAUUGUUAACGAACCGGGUUCCUCGGCUCCUGAGGGUGUAUCAAGUGCAGGCGCAGCUCUUAUGUCUCAGAAUCCGCCGGCCUUCUUCUGCUCCACUGUGGUGCGUUUGGUUGCAUUACAAGUUGUCAGCCCAGUAGAUUGUUUUUCUUUGGUUCAGAUCUGUGGUGGUAGUGCAGAGUUUGCCACCCAGGAGAAGGCCGAAGGAUAUCUAAUGCAUUUGAUAAUGCCCUUGUGCUUGAAAGUAUGUUCCGGUCGUGGUGUAUCCGACGUGGGAGAAUUAAAGAUGACCGAUGUAAGUUAUUUACUUACUGCAGUACUAAACGCAAUGAGUCCACCUGCUGGCAGAACGGGACAAGCCGUUUCCCAAAUAAACCGUGUUGGCGGUGAUCUAAGAACUGGUUCGUUAACUUUUACCGGCAGUAGAGAUGCAAAGAGACCUGCCCGAAUUGCUGGUUCUUUAUAUCAAGCGGCAUUUCUUGCUCUAAGGAUUGUUUGUAUAUGUUUUGAGAAUCGUUUAUCCACCGAGUGGCCCAGGAUUGUAAGGGUUAUGAGAGAUUUAGGCAGAAGAAACGAAGCGGCUCCAGAUUUGUGGAGUUUCCUAGAGUUUGUAGUUACCCACAGAACGCCUUUGUAUAUUGUACUAAUGCCAUUUAUUUUACAUAAGAUAUCUCAGCCACCCAUUGGUGACCAUGAAAGACACAUGCAAUUUAUUAUUAGGGAACGAUUAAGAGGUACACCACCUCAAGGUGGUAUUAAGUCUAAGGGAGCAUUAUUGCUAGAAUUAGCCAGAGAACUGAGAGACUUGCGGGAUGAACUUGAAGAAAAACGCUAUGAUCGCGAAAGUUCUGAUUUGAAGAAGAGUGAUACACCAGCUGCAACAAGUGGAACAGAUGGUCAUAACAAAUCACAACAAAGACCUUCCUUAAUUUCUAUAUUUACAGGUACCACUACAGGUCAGGCUACGCACUCUCAUAUUUCAGCGGUUCCCAUUGAUUCUAGAAGUGGCUCCGGUGGCAUUUGUACACCUAGUGACACACUCUCUCAACAAACCCUACACCCACCUAGAGAAUCUUUAUCUAGUAGCUCCACUGGCCGUGACCAUCAUACAACAAGCGAAAGUCAUAGUGGUGAACAAGCAGUUGGAUCAGCUCCUACAUUGAUGGGGGCUUCAGGAUCUGGUGGCGUGGUAUCUAGUCAAGGAACUAGUUCUGCUACUAUAGCUACAGCACUACCAUCAGGGGUCACCUCGCAUCUUUCGCAUUCGCAAAGUUUACAACAGGCACCUUUUAAGGCCCAACCACCUAAAUUACGUUUUGUAUCCUCUGUAGAAUUUAGGCACUCUUCUGGAGAGACUUCAACAACACCUUUAUCACCGGAAAGUCCAGCCGAAGACAGUUCAGGUGAUCAUACAAGAUCGCGUUUGCAAAGAACAAAGGCAGCCAGCAGAAAAACGUUCCGUUUAAGAAAACGUGGGCUAACACCAAUGGAACCACCCAGUAUAGUUACUGCAUUGUCACAGGAAGAACAUCCUAAGCCUAUAGGUGAAAUAUCGUGGGAUUCAGUAUCACAAACAUCUUCAACAUCGGGAUACCGUGAUACCAACAGCUUACAGACAGGCCUAUUAUCACCGGAUGGUUCAUUAGGAGGAUUGACUUUGGGGCGCUCACCCUCGCAGCAUUCCUUGUUAAUGGUGUAUGAGGGACAAGAUGAAGACACGCUUAUAUAACAAUCACAGUUUAACUCGGAAAACUAGAGACAAAGUAGCGAUUA